AUGGGUAGUACAAUUUCAUCUGUCCCAAUAAAUUUUGCUUUGUUAAAUCAAAUUAUUAAUCGUUAUAUUUCCAUUGUUCUUCUAUUUUUUGGUAUAAUUGGAAAUACAUUAAAUAUAUUAGUAUUUACACGUAAAAUAUUUCGUAAUAAUAUUUGUGUUACCUAUUUUCUGGCAUCAACUAUUUUUGACUUUUUUGCUAUUUUAAUUGGACUUAUUCCUCGUACAUUAAAUGGAUUUAAUGUCGAUCCAACACAAAAUUCAGCUGUUGUUUGUAAGCUGAAAUUUUUUAUAACAUAUUUUUCAGGAUAUACAGCUGCCUGGUUUAUUGGUUUCGCCUCUAUUGAGCGAUAUCUUACUUCAUCAACAGACGUCAACAGACGUCAACUAAUUACAAUAAAACGUGCUCGUCUCUCUAUGGUCUUCGUUAUUUUGUUUGGAUUUUUUGCAUUUGGUGAACAAUUUUAUUGUAUUGAUAUUAACCAAAACAUAUUAGGAGCAUCACAAUCAUGUUAUCAGUUAAGAUUAAAUAUUCGAUGCCAAAUUGCUGAUAGUCUAAUGCAAUUUUUAUUCCAAAUCUUAGCACCAACACUGAUGAUGAUUGUAUUUGGAUCGUUAACAUUACGAAAUGUUCAUCGAAAACGUCAUCGUAUCAACGUAAUACAAACAAUUAAUAGACCUCCAUCGAUGGCCAGAAGUACAAACGCAAUCCCUGUUCCUAGACCACAACAGCCAACAAAUAAUACAAACGGUCAAAAUAAACAACUAUUUCCCAACGAAGUUAGUCGAGUAGCACAAAAACGUGAAGCACAAUUAAUUUUAGUAUUAUUCAUACAAAUUGCUGUAUUCGUUAUUGCUUCAUUUCCCUUAGGUGUUUAUAAGCUUUAUUCCGUGGCAACUAUUUAUGACACAAAAUCUGUUCUACGUGUAGCCAUUGAAAAUACACUAUUCAAUAUAUUUGUAAUAUGUGCAUAUCUUGAUAGUGCUAUCAAGUUUUACAUUUAUACUUUAUAUGGUACCGUAUUUCGACAAGAAUUAAUGAAAUUAUUUGUUUUUGCUAAAAUAACAAGCUUAUUAAACAGAUAGUAUGAUAAAUGGCCGAACAAAUCUUUAAUUUCAAAAAACUAUCGAGAUGAUCGAAUUACUUUGUAAAAACAUAUAUAAUACUGUAUGCAUACUAAAAUUAAAUUAAAUAUUGUAUAAAAAAUGAUUUUUUUUCAUGGUAAAAUAAAAUGAAUUGUCAUGAAGUAAUAUCCAAAAUUGGAAUAAAGUAGAAUAAUAAAUGCGAAAACUUCGAAUUUUAUCCGACAGUUAUGUGUACUGCAAAAAGUGUAUAUAGGGAAAUAUCAGUAUUUUUGCAAUAAUUCAGGAAUGGCUUGGCCAAUUAGGCUCCUCUUUGAACUCGAACGAGAUAUAAAUGAGAUUCAACUAUGUACAAAAUUUCAUGAAAAUCGGCUUAGUCUUUCGAAAACUAUCGAGUAAACGGACGGACGGACGGGCACACUGACCGAUUCUAGAGUAUACUCACUUUUUGAAUGCACAAAAACGAGGAAAGAAUGUUUUCGAACGAGCAAUAUCGUAGAAAGCAGAUAAAUGAUAAAAUAUUACAAUGGUGUUGAGACUGAAACAGGAAAAAAGAAUAAAAAGGUUACGACACUCGGUAUUCCCAGGCGGUCACCCAUCCAAGUACUAACCGAGCCCGACGUUGCUUAACUUCAGUGAUCGGACGAGAACUGGUGUAUUCAACGUGGUAUGGCCGUAACCG